CUUCGGUAUUCAUGAACAUCUUCCUCUCGCCGUAGCAUGAACAGCAAUAGCCAAUGCGUUGCUUUAUUGCUUUGCUGACCAUUCUUCUUGGGGGCGAGGCGGCCUCUGGAGAAGCGCGCAGAGCAAUUUGGUUUGUCUCCUGGCAACAUGCUGGUCAUAUCAAGGCUUUGUGCCCCAUUGCCACUGAACUGCAGCGAAGAGGACAUGAGGUCCGGGUUGUGGUGCAUGAAGAGGUCCUCCAUUUGGUGCCCAAAAACCUCAUCGCUUUGAGUGCUGGGCCUCUGCCGUGGUCUUGGACAGAGGAGCUUCAGUUUCGCCAAGCGCUCUGGGAUCCAUCUCCGGCCGAGGAGGCCCGAGAUGCAAGGAAGGCUGAUCUUUCUGAGCAAUAUUUUGCCGGGAGCCAACGAAGCCUUUUGCGAGGCUUGAAUGAAACGCUCCACCGUGUUCCACUCCAAGAGUGGCCAAGCCUUCUGGCGAUUGAUGUGUCCUCCGUGGGUGCCAUGGACCUGGCCGAAAAGCUUGCUAUUCGUUUUGCAGUGAUUUCUGCUUGGCCUGUGGGACCAACGCUACAGUCUGUUGGCGAAGCGACCGAUUUUGGGUGGAUGCCCUCUGAGCUUUUCGCUUUCACGCAGUCAUCUCACCAACAAUCUUUCCCCGACCGCCUCAAGCGCUACCUUUUCAGCAAUCUCCUUCCGAGGUUCAUGAAUUGGGCUGGAUUUCACGAGCCAAGGCGUGCUUUACGCCGUGAGCUUGACUUGGAUGAGCGCUUGGAGCUGUUGGAAGCGCCUCGCACUUCCGCCAAUGGAGGCCGACCUUUGCUUUGCAUUCUCUCCCAUUGGGGCAUUGAUCGCCCGCGGCCACUUCCACCACGUGCUGUUUUGGUCGCAUUCCAAGAAACGAAACGAAAAGGAUCGUUGCGGAUCGCCUUCCGCUGGCCUCAUCGCCAUACAAAGGUGGGGCCAGUGGAAGAUUACCCUGGCAAAGUCAAGGAAGCUGGAGAGCUUCCAAAGCCGGUGGCUGAUUGGCUGGCAAGUGGCAAGGUUGUCUACAUCUCCUUUGGCACCAAUGUGAGACCAACACGAGAGGUCUACCAAGCCAUUCUGGGUGCAGCGGAGGGCUUGCAGGACGUGAAGUUCCUGUGGGAUGUCGAUGAGAGCGAAGUUCAGGCCUCCAGCUUGGGUGAAUUGGCACAUGCCGCUGCGUUCCCCAAUGUGCACUUCGCGCCUGGUGUGCCACAGAUUUUGGUGCUGGGCCAUGUGGCGGCGUUUGUGACACACUGUGGUCUGAACUCUGUCCACGAGGCUCUGCACUUUGGUGUGCCGAUGCUGGGCCCAGAGCUCAGACUGAGCUGCGCCACUUUUGCAUUGUCUUAGUCUUGUUCCAUCUUGUUCCUAUUGACGCCCGAUUUGAAGCUUACUUCCCAAAAAAGCUCUCCAUGCCGUUCAAAGCUGGGGGCAGUGGUUUUCCAUGCUGUACAAGUGGCCUUUUCAUGCCAUCCUGGUUGUGUCUCUGCUGCAGUGUUUUGCUCGUCUCCACUAGGUAUAUAUCUUGUUCCAGUCAGGAGUUUGCUGGUGUCGGUCCAGUGG